CUAUGGCGUCGGAAACGUGCUCUAAAAGAUGAGCCAGGACAUACCUCUAGCUUCAUCAGCAUUCCGAAGCAGGAUACUUUCUGGUAUAUAAGAUCCUGAACAUUUGUUCGCAGCACUUUCACUCCAUACAACCUUCACUGAUUAAGUCUUUCCUUCAUCAACCAAAACUUAACAAUCAUGGGAUUCUACGGGCUGAUGCCAGCAGACAAGCUCUCAGCUGUCUACAAUUCCAAGACGAAAAUCCUUACUCUCACUGGAUCUGGAAAGCAUGCUCAGGAGUCUACUACUUCCAUCGGAUUCACUCAACAAACUUUGUACGGCGGCAUGCUAUUCGACUUCGGAGGGUGGACUGGUCCUCUCAUAGACCCUCCGACUUAUUUCGACUAUACCAGAUCGUCCCAUAUUCCCAUGGUGCUCCCUAACCCAGCCUAUCCCACCAACGGGCUUACAAUUAAAACUUCAAAUCAUCCAGAGGGAAUAUCCGUCGAGAUCGUGUUCAAAGGCACACCAGACGAAGCUGCACCAGCACCCGCCGCCACCUCAGGAACUGAUGAACCAGGACACACUGUCCAAUACGGCCCUUUCGCUGCCUACGACUCCCUCCCUUUCGCUGUCACGCAGGUCAUCUCCGGGCCAGUGUUUAUCAAGUACGACGAGACUCUGCUGAAUCUGAAAUCAGCUAUGGUCGCAAAUACGCCACAUCCUCCUGGAGUUCGCGUUCCGGAGACUACAAGCAUCAUCUGGACCUUCGUGCCGAUCGUGAAUAGCGGGAAGACUGAGGUUGUUGUCACGUAUGAGGUUGGUUCAGAGACGGUGGUUGCAGUGUGGAGCUAUGAUAUUUACAAGCCUUGA